AUGCCCGUAAAUGAAGGCCCCGGCGAUAUGGUCGUCAAGUACGCGGACGGCAAGCCGCGGCGCCUGCCGCGGCGCUCAGUCACCUUCUCCUACGAGUUCGAUGGUUUCCAGGGAUCGGAUGACUUCCUGGUGAUCGAGCUGAGCGGUUCCUUUGACUGCGUGUUCGGGAUCCCGUGGCUGGCUCGUCACCAGCCUCACAUUGACUGGCUAGCUCGAACUGUCCGCCCGCGUGACAUCGACGUGAACGCUGUUCAUGGACCCGACUCCAUGACCACGGCUGCCCCCGAAGUGUGCGAUGGCCCUUCGUGUGCGGUUUGCGAGCGCGCAACUUGUGCCGGUUCUGAGGUGAACCCCCCGUGUCGCGGUGAGCACCCGCUCCUGACAAGUGGAGAUGCUGUGGUAGAGCGUGGUCUCCCACUACAAGAUGACGUGGUCGAGCGUGGACUCCCACUUGAAGAUGCUGUGGUCGAGCGUGGUCUCCCACUUCAAGAUGACGUGGUAGAGCGUGGACUCCCACUAGCGGUCGAGCAUGAGUUCCCGCGCGUGGUUGAGCAGGAGCUCCCCGGAGAGGACAUCGUGGUAGAGCGUGGUCUCCCACCAGCGGUCGAGCGUGCGCUCCCGCGUGUGGUCGAGCGGGAGCUCCCUGGAGAAGAAGUCACGGUCGACUCGAGUGUCACGUGCCUCGGCGCCGAUACCAAACCCCGGCGCCCAACACUUGUAGACACGAUCGAGCAUGGUCUCUCGUUGUCUGCUGCGCCCGGAGAACAACGUCCGGUGCGACGUCGCGGUCGUCGGAACCCGCGCCGGCCUCGGUCGGCUUCGACAGACUCUGAUGUCAUGGAAUCCGAGGUCAUCUCUGUCCUGACGAGCAACACCACCGAUGAGACUCCGCGUGCCCUCAACAUCCAGCCUGGCAAGACCAACAUCCUCGCCGACGCGCUGUCGCGUCGGCCAGACUACGUCCAGUCGGGUCGCCACGCGGUUGGCGACGAGGAUGACGAUGAAUGCGCAGUUUGCGUCGCCGAAGGACUGGCCGCGGUCACGGUUACGGCUACCAGCCCGCUUCGUGACCACAUCGCGUCCGCAUAUGGGUCGGAUGCUGCGUGUGCCGAGAUUAUCAAGUACUUGAAGGACCCGUCCGCCUCGGCCCAGCGUCAGUUGUCUCCACGCGGCCGCUCCCGUGUCGACCGCUACGCACUGGAUGGGGACCUGCUCACCUAUUGCGUUGACCGCUCGGAUCCGCCUCGCGUCGUCGUCCCGCUGGACGACGACCUCCGCGCUCGCCUGAUUCACGAAUUCCAUGAUACCCCCAGUGGCGGUCACCUUGGUCGCGAGAAGACAUUCGCGUCACUGGCUCGCGACUACUACUGGCCCCACAUGUACAAGUGGGUGCGGAAGUGGGUCCGCUCCUGUGAAGCAUGUCAGCGCGUGAAGCCAAAUUCGUCUAAACAGGCACCGCUCCGACCACUGCCCGUCGCCCUAGAACCCUGGUCCUCUAUCAGCAUGGACUUCGUGUUCGGCCUACCCCGGGACGCCCAAGGCCGCUCGGGCAUUCUCGUCUUCGUCGAUCGCUUUAGCAAGAUGGUGCAUCUUGCUCCGGUAGCCGCCACGAUCACCGCACCGCAAUCCGCGGCGAUUUUCGUUGACACUGUGUAUCGCCACCACGGCCUGCCCACAUCGAUCGUGUCCGAACGAGAUCCCCGGUUCACUGCGACCUUCUGGUCGGAGCUCUUCAAGCUUGUCGGGACGCGGCUGAAGAUGUCCACCGCGUCACAUCCGGAGACUGAUGGCCAGACGGAGCGCGCAAACAGAGUCCUGGAAGACGUGCUGAAGAGCUUUGCCACGUCCUUCAAGUCAUGGUCCUCCUUCUUGCCGAUGGUCGAAUUCGCUCUCAAUAACGCGGUUCAUUCAUCGACCGGGCUUACCCCCUUCUUCGUGAACCAUGGACGCCACCCUCGGGUUCCAGCGCUCCUUGGAAUGGAGCGCUCAACUGUUCGCGAUCCCGCCACGGACAGCCAUGGGCGCGCUCCCGGCGUUUCCUCCCCAUCGAUGAACGGUGUCACGACGCGCCGUAACGCCCCAGCACCCGUGCCAACGAUACUCACACGCAGCGCCGCGCGCGCGGCGUCUGACGCCGAGGCCCCUUCACGACGGCUCCGUCCCGACGUCGCUCGCCCAGCGACUUCACCUGAUAUCCCUGCUUGGACCUCCAGGACGCUGAUCAACCCGCGCCAGCGUCCACGUGCAAUUGAGUAUGAACCUGUUCCUGACGCGGCUGAUUCCGCCGUGUCCCCGCCCGCGAACUUCGACCCCAACCCGGAACCCGGUUCACGCGACGUCGCCGCAGCGCACGAGUUCAUGCAACGCCGCGAAUCUGUCAUCUGCUACGUUCGAAAUGCCAUCGCCGUUGCCGUCGAUCGCCAGAAGGAAUAUGCUGAUCGUCGCGGUCGUAAGAACGUGGAACGCUUCGUCGUCGGCAACCGUGUCCUUUUGUCCACGGCCGGCAUUCGACCUACAGCAGUGACGAACUUGGGCGCGAGCAAGCUCGCGCCGCGAUUUAUCGGGCCGUUUAAGGUGACCAAGGUGCUAGGCGACGUCUAUACUCUGUUAUUACCGACUGCUCUACGCCUACACCCUACGUUUUACGUUGGUCGCCUACGCCGCUAUCUCCCCACCGUUAUUCCCCGCGACGACUCUCCCACGGCCGCACCCGACGACGCAGCUCUUCGUUCUCCCGCUCCAGUCGCUCAACCCGAUCCGCCAGACGCCGUAGACUCUGCGCGCUCGCAGCCUCCGCCCACCGGUCACGCUGUUCGAUUCCAGCGUGACGGUCCUGCACCUCUUGUCGAUAGCGCUGGGCAUACCCGUCAUAUUGUGGAGUCCAUCCUUCGUCACGACGAUUCUCGCGCCGCCCCUCGUCGCGGUGACGAACACCGCGACGCCACGAUACCUGAUCACCGUCACUACCUGGUCCGCUGGCUUGGUCCCAUGGACGAUAGUUGGGAGCCCCGCGCUGUGCUGCUCGCGGACGUGCCGGAUUGCGUGGCGGCGUACGAGGCGGCUCUUGCUGGGGGCGCGGUAGCGAACCGUGCCUAG